AGGAUAUCACGAUCAAAGAAUUUCCUGCUGCAUAUAAAUAUCGAGGGUUUUUCUGAAGGCUUUCAUAGUUAAAGCAGACGGACUCGUCAGGAGAAAAUGAAAGCAUUUGCCUCAGUUUUGAUUGUUGCUGUAUUGGUGGCCGUAUGUUAUGGUCGGCCAAGAGAAGAUAUAGGCAUUUGUUAUCCCGAGAGAGGCGAAGUAUUCAAGAGCUGUGGAUCAGCCUGUCCUGAUACUUGCAGUAACUACAACGAAGUCCGUCCUUGCACUAUGCAAUGCGUCAGAGGGUGCUUCUGUCCAAACGGAACCGUUAGACGAGAGUCUGACCAGUACUGUGUAAAACCUGAAGAUUGUUGAAUUUCGAAGGCAAAAAAUAAAUAUGUAAGCUUUUAAGACAAA